AUGUCAUUAUCCAGCAACGGAAUCCCCUCCGACACGGUGAUCGAAAUCCUGACCCGGCUCCCUUCCGCCACCGCCGUCGCCAGAUGCCGCUGCGUCUCCACAUCGUGGCGCUCCCUCCUCUCCGACCCGGACUUCCUCCUAAAAAUCUUCCUCUUCGACGGCACUCGAUGCGGCGGCGGCGAUCGUAAUAACAAGAUCAUGAUCAUCCGCCUCCUCCACCGAAAAACCGUCCCGGUGUUCUCUCUCCGCUCCGCCGACGCCCUGAUGUCCUCGCUCUACGUCGCCCCGAUCCCCCUCUACCCCCACGGCUACGGGUCCACCGUGGGGGACGGGUUCUCCGUGGCCGGGUACAGCGAGGGAAUCUUCUGCAUCACCGUCGGUUGGGAGCGGCAGCAGGACGUCCAUCUCUGGAACCCGGCCACGUCGGAGACGAAGCUCCUGCCGCGCCCGCCUCCCUUCUCGUCGCUGGUCUUCGGGUUCGACCCGAAAACCAGCGACUUCAAGGUGGUCCGCGUCUGCACCGACGCGGACCACAGGUACACCCACGUGUACAGCCUGAGGAACGGGUCGUGGGGACACGAAUCCAAACACGAGGGAAUGGGCCUGAACUACUUGGGCUUGGGCCGGAACGAGGUGGAGCAGCCCAUUGUCGAGAGUAAAGCCGGGAGGUGCUACCUGUGGCACUGGGAGCAGCAAAACAUGCGUGCGAGAAUCUUGUGUUACGAUCUGACCAGAGAAGCGCUCUCCGUUGGGUACGUGGCGGGCCCACGGGCGAAACCGGGUUGUCGGGUCAGGUCCAUGUCGAUCUCGAAAGGGUUCCUGGUCGCGAUUACCGAUGACGGCGGCGGUUCGGGGUUCGAGGUGUGGGUGGCCAUGGGGUUCGGAGAGUCGUCGUUGUCGUCGUCGUUGCUAAAAGUGUUUGAUGUGGUGCCGCAAUUGGGACCGGAGUUUAGGAACUGGGUUCCGUCCUGGGCGGCUUGGGCGGACAACAAGUGUUUCUACCUGUUCAGACACGUGGGUUAUAAUCCUUAUUAUGAUCGAGCUGAUCAUGCUACGCUGUUGGGUGCCUUUGAUGUGAAGACGGGACGUGCUCGUGAUUUCGGGGCUCGAUCGGGCUGGAACGAGGUUCGGAGCGUGGUAACGUACGUCGGAUCCGAGGUUUCGUUGUCGAGUUUCGAUUGA